AUGUUAGUGGUGCUGAAUUUUGAUUUUGAUGGUGGUGGAGAUUUCAUUUUGAUUUUGAUGGAGAUCAUGGAAGAAUUUGAAUGUUGGUGGUGGUGGAAGAAGAUCAAUGCUCCUAGUGGAGAUUUGACGUUGGAUUUUGAUGAUGCUGGUGGAAGAGUUGGAAUGGAGGUGGUGGAAGAGUUUGAAUGGAUGUGGUGGAAAUGUGAAUGUUGGGAUGGAUGA